AAGUCGCACGUGGUUAUCAAACUGACAGUUGACCGCUGGUAUCGCAAAGUGUUUUGGUUGUUUUCGCUGUUCUGUUUCUGUCGGUUCAGGAAUUAAAAAAUUAUCAGCAUGUCGGCUUCUGAAAAUGAGAAUCAAAGCGGUGGAGAAGAAGAGGUGGACCCAGCGGCGCAUAAACAACUGCUGCGUUCAAUUGGCCAGUUAAGUAGAAACCAACACAUACGAAAGCCGACACGCAGUGAACCUGCUUUGGCGCGGGAUGAAUUCCACUUGGUCAAGCCGUUAUCCACCGACGUGCAAACAGUGUCGAUGGGAGAUGUUGUUAAUCUCCUUCGCAAAACUAGUAAACAUAUAGACGCCGGAAAGCAAUUGUCGAAAACGCAGCAUCAGAAAAAGAUUUUACAGAAGCCGCUGGAAAAACCGGUCGCGGAACGGAUCCAAAGAACGAUUGGGUAUGAGAAGGUAAAGAAGGACCUCUCUCGAUGGGAUGCAGUUGUAGAGCGGAAUCGAGUCGCCGAGCAACAGGUUUUCCCGCUUGACUAUGAGGAAGUACAUGCAGAUCUACCGCCUCCGAAGAAACCGCGAGGAACAACUAUCAAAAGUGAUCUCAUGUUGGAGAUGGAAGCCGUUGAAGCCAAGCUUAGGGAGUUGAGAGGAACUCAGCAUACCGACGAUGAUGAAGCCAAACGACAAGAGCGACUAACUCGCGAGGAGCUCAUUGCGCGACGUAAAGAGCUCGCAUAUCUGCGUAUUAAAGAGUCGCAAAAGUCUGCCCGAGCGCGUCAGCGAAAUAAGAUCAAAUCCAAGAAAUUCCACAAGUUCUUGAAGCGUGAAAAACUAAAAGAACAAAUCAAGGAAUUUGAGCUGCUGCAGAAGACAAAUCCUGAAGCUGCACUCGAAAAACUAGAGACCAUUGAGAAGAGUCGCGUGCUGGAACGUGCAAACUUACGCCACAAAAACACUGGAACGUGGGCGAAAAAUUUACAAGUGCGCGCGAAAUAUGAUAAGGAUGUCCGAAAGGAUCUUGCUGAGCAGUUGGCAUUGAGCAGGGAAUUGACGCAGAAGCAAAAAGAUGCAGCGGAGAGUAGUAGCGAUGAUGAGGCAAGCGACGAAAGAAACGGGGCUGACAAAGAGGAGGUCGAUCCGUUCAAUCCUUGGUUUAAAGGAAGCAAGAAAGCUGAACAAGUAGAUGAGGUGGCCGAAUUUUUAGGUGGCUAUCGAAAAUAUUGGACGGAGAGGAAUGCGAACGAGAAGGCACUGGAAGAAUAUCGGGAAGAUUCUGAGGAUGAUUUGGAGCAGAACAGCUUGCAAAAUGGUGAAAACGAACAGCCCGGCUCUGACGCCAGCAACGACGUAGACGAAUCUAAUGAGGCGACAAAUGAGGCUGUGAACUCAAAUAGUGGAUCGGAAAAUGAUAAUGUUAGUGGCAAUAUGGAUCAAAGCAGUGAUUCAGAUUCCGAGUUCUCAGCAGGCGAGCUUGAAAAAUUUAAGGCCAAAUUAAAUUAUCAGAAAAAGAAUGUGGAAAAUUGUCGCGGAAAGUUUACAACUACUGCUUACUCAUCUCCUCCACUCGUUAAUGGAGAACAUGGGAAGUUGAAGAGAAGGAAACAAACUGAAGAGGAAGUAUCGCCACACGCGAAAACAAGAGGAACAUUGAAAAAGAAACGCAAACAACCCAUCGUCGUAACCUCCGCGGGCGGAACUGAUUGGGUUGUUGAAGACAUUGGAGAGACACCAAGUAAAAGUGUUGAUAUAGAUGACAUUUUUGAUGACGCUGAGAAUUUGCUCCAAGAGAAAGUUCAUGAGAAAAUCUGCAAAUUAAGCAAAGAUCUAGAAAAGCGUGAACAAAGAAAACAAAUUAAAAAAGAGAAGAAACAUAAAUCUAAAAGUUCGGAUUUGAGCUUCAAAGUUAAAGCGUCUCAACCUGAAAUAGAUGAAGAACUUUUGGAAACGUCGGCUAAUGGGGAGCCUGUUAUCGAGAAACCGCAAAAUCCACAUCGGCUUGCGAAUUCUAAAGCGGAUAAGCCUUCGAAACAGGAUGAAAUCGAUCCGUCGAAUAUCGCUCAAAUAAAACCAAAAUCCUUGAGGACCGCUCUUCCAGACAUGGUGAAUUCAGAGGAAUUUUUCGAUGAGCACGAUCUAAAUGAAAAAGUACAGAUGACGAUUGCAGAAGCUUUUGAAGAUGAUGAUAUUGUGGCUGAUUUUGAACGGGAUCGUGAAGACGAGCGGAAAAAAACUGCUAACGAAGAUGUCGACUUGACACUACCUGGGUGGGGUUCCUGGGCUGGCUGUGGUAUAUCCAAGGAAAAACAAACGAAACGAUUGAUUUUGAAGUUCCCAAAAGAAGCUCCUCGGAGGGACGAUAAUAAGAAAAAUGUUGUUAUUAAUGAAGACGGGAAUAAGAAGCUGAAACAGCACCUGGUGUCCGACUUACCGUUUCCAUUCAAAAGUGUUCAAGAGUAUGAAGCCAGCAUUCGGGCUCCGAUUGGUCGAUCCUUUGUUCCAGAAACUGCUUUCAGAAUGCUUACACGGCCGGCAACUGUGACGAAGUUAGGCACUGUAAUUGAACCGAUGAACGACGAAUUCUUAGUUAAGGCACCGAAAGCACCUAGGAAUGCUGUAGAUAAGCGAAUUGCAAUUAUGGAAAAGAAUAAAAAGAAGUCAAAAUAGACAAGUGUGGUGUUUUACUCUUACUAGCUUGCUCUUACCAAAUUCACGUGUUAUUAGCUGUAUAUGUGUAUAUUUAAUAGUUAAUUGAAAAUACUCUAAACCUGAUGACUUCAUCCAGUAAAUCCAAAAACCAGUCGCUAUUUUCCUGUAUUGGGGCCAGUGGUUGCCUGGUCGCAUUUUCUAAUAAUUUGCUCGAAUUGUAUCUUAUUAUUGGAAUGUUGUUAAUUACAAUCUGAUAAAUAGGA